GACCGCCCCCGAGCCGGCAGUGCUGCCUGCCCAGCCCGCCGCGCCGGGUCCAGCUGCCCCGCCCGCGCUCCCAUGCCCCCAGAGGGGCUCUAGCGCCGGGCGCGUUCGUGAGGAGCGAGGGCGGUGACGGCCCCGGGACCAUGCUCUGAGCGCCCGGGGCAGCCAGCGAGGGAAGUUGGGGUGGAAGAUGAACAACACCGAAAUCACAAAGCCACCACUAGCACCGAAACCAAAAAUUAUUGGUCAUCUUUCUCCAGUAGCCAUCUCCAAAUUUUCUCCUUCACUGCCAAGGUCUGAUAUUCUUCAUAACCCAAAUUCUAUGUCUAGGGGUCCCAAACCACCUAUUGCUCCCAAGCCAAAACUCUCUACUGACACAGAGAGCAGAUCCAGUGUUAAUACCAACAAUAAUUUAAAUAAAUGCUCAAAUUGUAAACUUCUCUGUCUUGAUGGAGAGUUGUAUGAUGGAAAUCAAUGCAGUGCUGAGUGCCCAGAAUCUGAGGCAGAUAAUGAAUAUAUUGUACUUCCUGAAACUCAGCUGACCAUUGAAGACUGCAGUGACUUGGAACACGAGCAUGGUCAGAGCCUAGAUUCCUUUGCAGAGAAUGAAGUCUUGGAAAUUCCAGAACAGGCAGAGAAGGAUGAAGAUAACAUUCCUUAUCAUGUGGGUGCUGACCAUCAAGAAAUCAAGCACCAUAACUUUUCAGAUAUUGCUGAACCAAUAAAACCAGACUGUGUAUCAUCAACCAGAGACUAUGGCCAAUCUGAAGCAUUUUGUGAAGAGUCCUCCGAUGCCACUGGUGGGAAUAAUGACGUAUCUAAGAAUGUAGAUGAAGAUGAGAAUGUUGCAGGUGAUUGUUGUGAAACCAAAAGCGAGGAAGAAAUUUCUAACAAUCUCAAAUUGGUUAAGGACAGUGAUGAUAGUAAGACUGAUGGUGAUAACAUUUUGAAUGGAGAUGAGGGCAAUGUCUGUGAAGAUAUCAUUCUAACACCACUAACUGCAGCUGAAUUAAUCCCAAGUUUGGAGAAGUCAGAGGAGGAGGAAGAGGAGGAACUGCCUGAGAUUUUAAGAAAGGGAGAUAGAUGUCCAGCACAUGAUGGUGAUCACAGUGUGUAUGCAGAGCUUGAUUUGAACGUGGAAGAGGAGUUAGAAAAUGAUGACUGUACAAGUCCUGACAUGCUGCCCAAUGAAGCCAGUGAGAAAACAGUUCUGUGCUUAGAGUUGCCUGAAGGUGAACCCAAUACUGAAAAUGAUCUGGGAGAUUUCACUCAUCAAGCAGCAGCUGAAGAGGAGGAAGCAGACACAGACAAGCACAAUAAUAUAAACACAGGAAAUGCCAGUGAUGACUGCCAGAUCACUGACCUGAGAGGUGAGGAGACAUCAGAGGUAGCCUGUGAAGCAAGCGAAGACUCUGGAAAAGGAGAGGAAGAAACUGUGAAUGCAGAGAGUAUCGAUGAUGGGUGUCAAAUUGCUCCUUUUGAGAAUGAUGAUGGUGAGGAAGUACCCACAAAUCUGCAAACAGAAAAGACCUGCCCAAAAGAAGAUGGUAAGAUCUUUGAUACACUCCCUAGUGGUCCAGGGAUGGAGCCAAAGCCAGAAGAUAUGUCUGCUGAAGAACAUAAUGAAAGCAUUGCGGAAACCUCUAAGUCAGACGAGUUGCAACUUGAAGGAAAUGAGGUAGAAACAGAGAGUCUCAGAAAAAGUGUCCUAAGUCCAUCUCAACUAUCUCUCCCACAUAAGGGAGAGAUAGAAGUCUGUCAGCUUGGUAAAAUGAAUGUAAAACAUGGGACCAAAAAUGUCUUGCAUGAAAAUCUAGCACUCCCUGAAGUAGUCAUUGUGCCUGAAGAAACAGAGAGAAGAGAAACUGGCAGUGAUUCCCUAGAUGACCCUUAUGUACUUCCUGCAGAAAAUGAAUUCACUUAUAAAGGGCAGACUGAUUCAGGAGCUGUUCACAGUAAAAGGGAUGAAUUAGCCGUGGAUGGUGAAAGCAACUUACUGCCCAUUGAUCGUAAAAGCAUUGUCACUAGAACACGGUCACUCUCUGGGAAAAUGCCAGGCUACGUGCCAGAAACAGUUCCAGAAGAAGGUGGUCCUGAAACUGAUUUACCACCUUCCUGCAACAGUUCUGGGACUGAGGACUUAAGUAAUAAUUCAUUUUCAGUGGAAGGAAAAACAAUGGAAGACAACAAGGCAUUACCAUCCAAGCCAAGACGCUUUAUUUUAUAUCCUCGGUCUUAUUCUGUUGAAGGGAGAGAGAUACCUGUCUCCAUUUACAAAGAGGGUGAUGGCUGUGUACUCAGUGAUAUUAGAAUGAAAAAGACUGAAGACAACUUAUCUUUGCCUUGUGUCAAUGGUUCCUCACAUAUCUUUUCCCAGGGAAAUCUUUCAUCAGGUGCUGUAUCUACUCCAUCUUCAGUUGUUGAUAUACCACCUCCUUUUGAACUUGCCUACAUCACCAAAAAGCCAAUCACUAAAAGUUCUCCUUCGCUUUUGAUAGAGAGUGAGUCACCUGAUAAGUAUACCAAGAAAAAGAAAUCUUCCUUUAAGAGAUUUCUCACUCUAAAAUUCAAGAAGAAAACUGAAAAUAAAAUCCAUGUAGAUGUUAAUGUUUCCUCUUCGAGGUCCUCAUCAGAGUCCAGUUAUCAUGGGCCUCCAAGGCUGAUGGAGCUGGACAGGACUCUGAGUAGCUCACCUCAACUGAAGUCACAUGUGGGGAAGCUCCGUGCGUCCGAGUCUCCCUCAACUGUUCUUUUCUAUAAGGAUGGUAAGAGAAAAGGAACACCCAAGUCCUUCAGCAGGAGCGUGUCACGGGUGGAAUCCUUUGAGGACCGGUCCAGACCUCCUUUCAUGCCACUCCCAUUAACAAAACCUAGAUCAAUUUCUUUUCCCAAUGCUGACACUUCUGAGUAUGAGAACAUUCCAGCUAUGAGCUCCGACUAUGAAAAUAUUCAAAUUCCUCCUCGAAGAUCCACCAGAGCAGGAACUUUCACUGAGUUUUUUGAAGAUCCCAGCAGGGCCUUAUCUGCUGCUAAUGAGAAUGACGGCUAUGUGGAUAUGAGCAGCUUCACUGGCUUUGAGAACAAGCAGCAAACCACGGACCAGGAAACAGAAAGUGCCUACACUGAGCCUUAUAAGGUAUGCCCAGUCUCUGUGAUACCUGUGGAGGUCAUCACAUCAGAUGAGGAACAGAAGAGUUCAGAAGAUGAGAAGAGCAGCCAAGGUGAUCCCAGCCUCAUCAACAAGAAAGAAGGCCAGCCUAGAGCUUCCCUCAUUGCCCAGGAACUGAUGUCUUCAGAAAAAGCGUAUGUGGAGAUGCUCCAGCUGCUACGUAUGGAUUUAUAUGAAGGUAUCUUGAAAGCACUUGAAGAAGAAGAUGAACAGGAAGUAGUUGAACUCAAGAAGGGCUUAAGCGAGCUCCCUGAAAUGUAUGAACUGCACCAAGAGAUCUUGGGAGAACUGGAAGAAAGAGUCCUUAAAUGGGAGGAACACCAGAAAGUUGCUGAUGUUUUUCUCUCCAGAAAAUCAAGACUGAAUCACCACACAGCAUACAUCAUGCAGUUUGACAAGAAUUUGGCUCUGCUAGAUGAAACCUGCCUUAAGUAUUCCCAGCUGGCUGCUGUCAUUCAAGAAUUUGAGAAGAGCUCUGGUGGAAGCCCACAGAAUGUGAAACACCAGCUUUUGAAAGUGGUGCAGCGUGUCUUCCAGUAUCGUGUGAUGCUCACAGAUUACCUGAAUAAUCUUUGCCCUGAUUCUAUGGAGUAUGAAGCCACACAAGCUGCCUUAUUCAUUGUUUCUGAAAUCGCGGAUCAAGCCAACGAGAGCAUGCUCCAAGGGGAAAACUUGCAGAAGCUGGUACACAUUGAGCACAGUGUGAGAGGGCAAAGCGGCCUCCUCCAGCCAGGAAGGAUCUUUGUGAAAGAGGGAACACUGAUGAAAGUCUCUGGGAAAAACAGGCACCCUCGGCACUUGUUCUUGAUGAAUGAUGUUCUGCUGUACACGUAUCCCCAGAAGGAUGGCAAAUACCAACUGAAAAACACGCUGGUUGUGUCAGAUAUGAAGGUGAGCCGCCCAGUGACAGAAAAAGCCCCAAAUGUCCUGAAGAUUGAAUGUGAUGAAUGUUGCCUGACACUGUCAGCAAGCUCUUGCUUGGAAAGGGAUGACUGGUACAGCUGUAUCAGCAGACACAUCCCAGAUGACUACAAAGCUCACAAUACUUCCACCUUCCACAGCAAUGUGGAGUUACGGGAAAGGCUUGGAAUACCCUUGGGUGAGAGGCCUCCUACUUUGGUACCUGUAUCCCAUGUUAUGAUGUGCAUGAACUGUGGCUGUGACUUUACCCUCACUUUGAGGCGACAUCAUUGCCACGCCUGUGGGAAGAUUGUAUGUCGAAACUGUUCAAGAAACAAGUACCCUAUGAAGUACCUCAGAGAUCAAGCAGCCAAAGUCUGUGACAGCUGCUAUGUGGAAUUGAAGAAAAGAGAGCGGCCACUAAGUAUGAGCUUUCCUCCAACUUCAUCCAGGUGUUCAAGCAGUGCCUUCUCUUCGGUCUUCCACAAUAUCCAUUACUCAUCUUUCAAGAAACAGAAAAAGAUCCCAUCAGCUCUUACAGAGGUCACAGCCUCAGGAGAGGGAGCUACCAUCAGUGGUUACCUGGCCAGAUGUAAGAGAGGCAAAAGACACUGGAAGAAACGCUGGUUUGUCAUCAAAGGCAAAGUCCUCUACACCUACAUAGCAAAUGAGGACAAAGUUGCCACAGAAAGUUUGCCUUUGUUGGGUUUCACUGUUGCCCCAGAAAAGGAGGAAGGAUGUGUGGGUACAGUUUUCCAUCUCUAUCACAAGCAAACUCUGUUUUAUAGCUUCCGAGCAGAUGAUAACUAUUCAGCACAGAGGUGGAUUGAAGCCAUGGAAGAAGCAUCCAUAUUAUAGCAACUAUCACUCAAUGGACUUAGAAUACUAAUUCUCAGAUUUCUAUACAAUCCAAGCAAUCUUAUGUCUUACAAAACUGAACGGUGUAUUUCAGGCAAACUGGCGACAAACACUGGACAUGAACUGUUUCCAGAUUGCUGUCUGCUUCCUUCCUCCUCUUCCUCUUACUUUUCCUCCCACCCCCCCCAAAAAACCCUUUUAAAAUAGGGAAUGUUUUGGUGACCCUUUAUGCCUGUCCAAGUUCAGCCCGUGCUGUAAGCUUUCCUAUGAUCCCAUGGUAAGCUAAAUUUAACAUUAAGGAAAGAAAAAGCCAUGGAAGUAGUGACUACAGUAAGCAGCAGGAUCACUUUUACUUAUUGUAGAGCACUGUCAUAUUUCACUGGGUUGGUUUUGGAGUCUACCAUGGAAUUUGAAACAAUGUAGUAAACAACAAAUACUCAUUUAAAGCACUUUAUUAUUUUCACUCAACUACAGUUUAAUCUUUUCAUAUUUCCAUGGAGUUUGGUGGACCGAUUUAUUGUUCAUCCAUUAACAAAUGCCAGCAUGAAAUUAUGCCACGCAUAUGGUGAAUUGUUUCUACAGAAAAGGAAUGAACAAAAAUGCUCCAUUUACCCAGUCUUCCACCAUUGCACUAGCUAUGAUCCAGAAUAAUUACUUACUAUCCAUUUAUAAUUCGACACAAAUCACUGUAUAACUUAUUUUAAAGUGUUUACUUUCAUAUCACUACAGUAUUUUGAAAUGCACUAUAGUUGCUCUGCAGUCCAGACAUUGAAUAGUAUCAUGUCACCCUGAAUACCGUGUCAGAUUCAAACCCGAAAGAUAUUUUAAUUUAUUAUAAACCCACAGACAACUUUUAUUUAACACUAAUCUACCUAUCAGUGUUAAGAUUUGUAUCAUUUAUUUAAAUAUUCUAUCUUUAUUUUCAGUCCUCCUGAUGUUUCUGCCGUUGUUGUUAUGGAAAAAAUGUCAUCAAAACUUUAAUUCAUGUAACAAGUGAAUCAUUUGAAAUAUGCUGGUGGGGUGAAAUGUGCUUGUCUGAACCUUCUCUGAUAAGAGUGCUUUGGAACUCCUCUGGCUAAAUGUAUCUUACUACACUGCCAGGGCUGGAGUUCUAGCAGCCCAGUGGCACAGCCCAGUGGCAGUAUGGCUUCAGAUGUGUGCUGGUUUUACACUAGCUGAAGAUGUCAAAGUUUUGGUUUCUGUUUCUUUUUUUUGGCUGGUUGGCUAUUGUUCAAUGAAGGUUGAGAAGUGAUGUUAUAAUCAUUGCAAUAAAAUGAUUUUGUGUUC